AUGGACUUUGUCUUUGGAUUACCACCCGAUGAGAAGGGUCGUAAUGGAGUGUUGGUCUUCGUGGACAGGUUCAGCAAGAUGGUACACUUCGUGCCUGUGUCUGCUGAGGUCACCGCGGAGGAGUCCGCGGUGCAUUUCGUCGACGCUGUCUUCCGCCACCACGGUCUUCCCGAGUCAAUUAUCUCUGAUCGCGAUCCGCGGUUCGCAGCCGCCUUUUGGUCGAAGCUCUUCAAUUUCUUGGGCACGAAGCUGAUGCUGUCGACCGCGGGACAUCCGGAGACGGAUGGGCAAACUGAACGAGUUAACCGCGUCUUUGAAGACGUACUUCGGAGCUACGCAACCUCGUUCAAGAACUGGAGUUCAUUCUUGCCCCUGGCUGAGUUUGCUGUGAAUAACGCCGAGCAUUCGUCGACGGGCAUGACUCCUUUCUUCGUUAACUUCGCUCGCCACCCCCGCGUUCCGGCGAUGCUUGCCGUGGGUCAUCCCACGGAGUCCCGUGACUCCACUCUUGGUGGGGGAGAAGCUGUGGCUGCGGACACGACACCGGUCAACACGCCGGUGCCACAACGUGUAUCUCCGAGUGAAACCAUCGUGAACGCCGUGACGCGAGCUCAGACGAAACAGUCUCUUACAUCACCGUGCGACGCGGUGUCCCCAUUCGCCCAAUGA